UAUAUUAAAGCUUGUUUUUUUCUCCACAGACCGGCCUGACUGACGACAUGAGGCAACCUUUGGUCCUUAUCAGUCUGUCGCUGGCAGUGCUCCUCCCUGCCAACGUACUGGCUCAAGAUCAGGUGCAGAUCCAGUUCCAGGUAGAUCCUGUGUUGGUUCAAACCAGUACUGAAGCAGUGUUCACAGUGCUCACAGUGCCUGAGGUCCUGUCCAUGACAUGGACGUACCAAGGAGGAGUCACUCUGGGUCUGUGGGCUGGAGGAGCUGCAGUGGUUAACCCGGUGGCCCAGUUCCAAGGCCGGGUCACCAUCACUGCCACCCAGCUCAGAAUUGGAGGCGCUCAGCUCCGAGACGCAGGAAACUACUCGGUGGAGGUGAUCCCCACUGCUACCACAGGCCUGGGUCCCAACUCCCGAUCAAUACAGCUGAGAGUGUUUGAUGCGGUCGCCGGGGUGAGUCUGUUUGUUCCUUCAGUGGCGGUCGAGGGAGCAAAUGUGUCUCUGAGUUGCACAUGGACUGCUGGGACGGAAAUUACAGUCCAGUGGGACAAAGGAGGCUCGGCCAUCAUCGCUGACUCCAGGAUCACCAUCUCACGUGGCUCUCUGGUCAUUAACCCAGCCAGACGGAGCGAUGCCGGGGAGUACACAUGCACCGCCAGCAACCCUGUCAGCGCUCAGGAAGCCACACAGAGCCUCACUGUCUACUGUGAGUUUGCAGUGAUCAAGACAAGUGGCAGCUAA